UUGAUUGAGAGCAGGAAAACUUCAGCUCAGCAGCUGAGUAUCUCUCGUGUGGUGGUGCGUGAGUGUCUUUUUCACGAGUGGAGUGGCUCCAUUCGCUGCCAGCACAUAAAAGUGAGAUUUCCUCGGGAAAAAUUUCGUCCACACCGGCAGCGGCGGCAGCAUAACACCACACAACACACGGGUCAGCAGUCUACCUCGGGACGCGGUUCUGCCAAGUCGUAACACGAACGCUCGCUCGUCCACGCAACGUUGGAACGUUUGAGCAGGAAUCCACUCCAUCGUCAUAGGUCCACCUCCGGCAACCGGCAAAAUGGUGCGGCCGUUCAACACGUCGGCGGAAAACGGCGGUGACCAGAUGCAGCAGCAGUCAUCCCCACGGCCAACGGCCCCUCCGCUCGUGCAGAUCAACCAGGAGGGAGACGACUUCUCCAACCCGGACCAGUAUGUCGACUUUCUGAUCCUGGGCAACAAGGAGAACUGGAGCGUCCGCGCGGAGAAGAAACCGAUCCUCGACUCCAACACCCAGCUGGCGCACAUCGUGAACGGGGUCGGUGCGACCACGACCGUCGUGGACGGCAAGUUUGUGGUGCGCGACGUGGACAAGGACAACUUUGAGAUUUUUGUCAGAUACCUCGAAACCAAGUUCAUCAAGUUCCACUCUGCCAGCCACAUGCUAGAGAUGCUGGAGUUGGCCUCGCGCUUCCAGUGCCGUCAGCUGGAGAUUCACAGCGUCAAAGAACUGGACCUAAACCUGACGAAGGAGCACGUCAUCGAGGUGUUUCGCGCGCUCUGGUACUACAACUCGAUCGUCCCUUCGAAGGCCGUCGUCACCGGAGAGCAACAGAAGAAGAAAAAGCGAAGCCCCGUCGGAGGACGCAAGAAGAAAGACUGCCCACCGGAAGCGCCCGUCACGCCGGAGGAAUACUUUGCUGCCCUGCUCGGAAACUGCCUGCAGCUGAUCGACAUGCACGCGGAGGACGUUUUCACCCAGGAAGCGAUGCUGGCACUGCGAUUCGAAGAGCUGGAGAUGAUCGUGAAGCGCGAUGCGUUGCAGAUGUCAUCCGAAAUGGUUCUGCUCGAUCUGCUGGCCAGCUGGAGCCGCGAAGAGUGCCUGCGGAAGAAUCUCGAACUGACGGAGGAGAAUCGCCGCCGCGUGCUUGGCGCCCUGUGCUACUCGCCACGCUAUCUCACCAUGACCCGGAAGGAGUUUGAAAACGCCAAGGACCGUGUCCAGCUGCUGGACGCGACCGAGUCGAAGCUGGUCGGAGAUUUGCUAAACGGAAAGAAAACUUCCGGCCUCUCGCCGGAACAGCAGACCAUGGUCGCGAACUUUAAACAGCAACGACCUGCCUUCGCGCCGAUGCCGAUCCAACUCAGUGCCAGAAGUAACCCGAAGAACUAUCCGAAAAAGAUGCGCAAAGCGGCCGAGGAAGCGGCGGCCGGUGGGGAACGGAACAGCUGCUGCGACCGGUUCUGCAUUUCUUGCGCGCGGGUCUUCGCCUGCAUCUUCGACUAGCGCUUACUGCUCUAAGAAUCCGAACCGCGCACAGUGCAAUCUCAAAAGCAAACAAGCCCGUCUGUGUGAACCGAAUGGAAGCGUGUUUUGUGUGGCGAGGUAUCUUGGAGUGGAAUCAGUUUGUUUUUAGGUUUAACUAUUUAAGCUUAUUGCAAAAGCGAAAUCUUCCCUCCUUUUUUUGGCAGGGCAUUUUUAUAUGUUGUCAGUAGCGAAUCGUUUGAAAUGUAGGAAAAACAAGCGUACAACAAUUAACACAUUUAACAAAUCUGCUAUUGUCUCUUUAUAUGCGAAAAGAGAAUAUUAUAUGUUGACUACUGCUAGUGAAUUUUAGAAUCGAAUUGUUUAUUAAGUGAAAUCUGUAUCAAAUAUAGAUUUUUAACUGUUUCUAUCAUUUGGCUAACCCCAUGUUCAUAUCUAUCCUGUUAGUUCAAAUUGUCCAUUCUGUUGUUAUACUCUCUCUCUCUCUCUCAAAGUUAGGUUUAGAUAUCAUUUUAGAUUCCUAUCAAAAAGCAAUAGAACUAGGUUCCUAGGCUUUAUGUUAUUUAUGUUUAUUUUUAUCUUUGUUCAGCUGCAUAAUCUAAUCCCAAUGAAACGUUUUAAAAACACAACAAACUUAUAAAGAAAGAGUAUUUUAACUAAAUAUAGAUUGUUUGAAAAGCUGAAGCUACAUAGAUCUAUCGGUUAGAGUUGAAUCCUGAUUAGAGCAAAGUUUAGCGCAAAUUUCCCGUUUUAACUACAAGAAUCACAGCCAGAGUUUAUUACACCGAAAGAAGCAAAGAAAAACGUUUUUAAAACAUCCGCUUUAGAGCAAGCUAACAAGAAGUAUGUUUGCUUUAUGAAAGCGACCCCCUCCUCCUCGUGUUACAGCCAGCAUAGCUAGAAGAUUUAAGUCCAGUGAGAUAAUGUUUUGUUUUCUAUCGAAAUGCAAUAGUUUAACUAAGGUAAAAAGAGGCAAAACGCACGCUCCUCUUUAUUCUCUAUACGUUGCCGCGAAGCAGAGCAAGUAGCAAAAUAAAAAGCGAAAAAAUCUGUUCUAUAUUAUAAUUCUCGUUGCCAUAUUAUCCCACUCCUGAAAAGUAUAUGAUACGAAGAUGUUGGUUACAUCAUGUAACAGCAAACUAAUGCAACAUUUGUUUGAGUUUAGCCGUGGUAAGUGUAAAUGUGAUUUGAAUGUUUGGCUUGUAGAAACAAAAUGUAACAAAAGAAAACAUAAGCGGAACCCAGCGAUAAAAAAAAUAUCGGCAGAGGCCAGUGCAACAUAAUAUACAAAGUCAGUCGAAUUGUGCAUUCGAAUUUUAGUACUGAAACAAUAAACAAUACGUGUGUGAACUUA